UUUUAUUUUAUAUCAUCAAAUAAACAUGAAUUUCUCUUCAAAUAUCAGGAAUUGUAGUAAUCUAAUUGGCCAAUGUGAUCCUUGCUAAACGAUGGCGGCCGUAGUGACCUCUUUAUUCAGUUGAAUCCCACUCACAAUUCUAUCCGAACACCAACAAUAUGUUUCCUCGACGACCUCCAUCUUUUUGCACAUUUCAUCAAAAGUGCUUCAAUGUCAGAACGCCCAGCAAAACGUGUUCGCCAAGCAUGUGAGCCGUGUCGGUACGUAAUAAUUAUGGAAUGGGGAAACAGCGGCCAUAAGAAAUGGGGAUUGAAGAAUUGGAACGGUUCUAUAUUGCGUGGACUGAUAAAUAACGGUGACCAGGCGCAAGAAAACGAGAUGUCCAGGCGAGAAGCCAGUAUGCUCGCACUGUGCGAGAUUGAGACAAAAUUGUUAUUAUGCUAAUGACGGAUCCAAUCAUGCGAACGGGAGAACCUCAAUUGAGAGAACCCCAAUGCCGACACCCAGUCGAGCACAGGAAACAGCCCACGUGAGGUCUUCUAGUGACGUUAAUUUGGUAAGUGAAAGACUGCACACUGGCAGUGUGAACACUGGUGCUUAUGACAUUUACCAGGAAGAUAGAUUAAAAUCACUCGAAGCUCAACUUGCAGAAGUUCUCGCAAAUCAAGUGUCAAUGAGCAGGAGUGCAUCAAGGCAUAUUUCGAAUUCUCCUGUUCUGUCACAAUUGGGACAGACAAUGAGGACCCCGAGUGUUUUUAGACUUUCGAGUAGGUGAGGAAUUUACAUGCAAUUGUUUGAAUUAUGAUACUAAUCAGGAUAAAGCAAGCUGCCACCAUAUGAGGCGAUCAUAAGUAUUGCGAAGACUUACUUGCUUUAUUGCGAUUGUCAGCCGCUUCCUGUAUUCUGUCGAAACAGAUUUGUUGAAACACUCAAUGAACGUGAUCCAGAGGUGAUUUUCUCGAUCCUAGCUUUGGCGAUACGAUUUUCAGACGAUGAGAUUUUCCGUGAUAAUCAAUCCGAGCUUGUUGCGGGAUAUGUAGAGGCAGCUCGAUCGAUUAUCUCAGGCAGGAUAUUCGGAGGUCGAGUAGAACUUUCUACGUUGCAGUCUUUGUGCCUUCUUAGUCUAGUAGACUUCACUAGUUUGUGCUACUAAUCCGAAACUGGAGCGCUGCUAAUAGUCUUAGAUGGAAAUACACGACAAGCAAGCGUACACAGUAGUCUAGCUAUGAGUUUAGCCCACAAUGCAGGUCUCACAACAGAGAGCCACGCCCCUUUAUCUGAGUUGCUUCGUGAAGAGCGUCGGCGAUGCUUUUGGAGUUUAUUCCUUCUCAAAAGACUACACGGCGCCGAAUUUAGCGUCAUCGAUUUUGCAGCUGAUGACAAUUUUCCGUGGUAUCCGGAAACAACUGGGAAACCAGUAAAUCCUGGACAGUUUACCAGCGGAGAAACCCCGGACCUAUCGUCACCGGAGUUUGCUACACCUGAUACUCAAGACAAAGGUGUCGUUGCAUACGCAAUUCAGCUCAGCUCAGUUUGGUUCAAGAUCACCCGUUACGCAAGGAGACGCGGAAACCCAAGUACUUUACCGCCAUGGUCUCCUCAGUCAGAUUACGCAUUAAUCAUGGCUCAACAAAUGGACUUUGAGACUCGUACUUCACAAAUUCAUCGCUUUAAAUCGGCCAAAUUCUCUCAAAGAUCAAGCGAAGAUCUGCAUGCUAAUCGAGAUUAUUGGGGUCCUUGGUUAUUCAUUCAAUUCUUGUAUCACACGAAUCUUUGCCUCCUAAACAACCCGCUUUUAUUAUCACUUCGACUGAAAAACAUCAAAUCAGCCAUCCCUGAAAUCUUCUUACAGCAUAUUUCAGAUUUGAUUUCGUCACAUGCUAGCUGGGUCAUUAGAUAUAUCGAUAUGCUGGAAGUGAAAUCCUUCAAAGUUUCUGAUCCUUUUCUGGCCCACUGUGUAGCGAUCAUUGCAACAAUAUAUUUACAGGAAUGUUUUGCCGAAGACCCAGUUGUAAGACAGGAGAAGCGUGACAAUUUUGACAAGUGUCUAAGAUUCAUUCGGGAUUUUAAAGAGUGGCCCCAUGUUGCUCGAAUGGUUAGACAAAUUCCCUUGAAGACUGUAUUGAUUAUUAACGAUAUAAUAGGCGGAAAAGCUUCAACGACUUUGUGAUACGGUUUCAUCCACCUAUACAAAUCCUGAUGCACCCCCUCAGACCCCUAAUCGCAGUCUUCUCAUCGAUCUAGGUCAGUUCUGGGAGAUCUUGGAGUACUCUUCAUCGAGUGAAAUACCCACGUCGGCCCGUCGUCUUUUCGGACCAUCAUUAUAUUCAGCUUCACUACCUGCCACUCAUGAAAUAAGCCAUGCGUCAUCAUUACCAGAACCAACUAGAGUCGACAGGCAGGAUUUUGAGGGUUCCGGUCCCAGUUCGGUAAAUGCAAGUGUGGUGAAUUUGGGGGAAAAUGGGAUGGUGGGACAAGACCAAGAGUUUUUUCAAGCACCAUUUCAUUACUCUGAUGAUGAAUUGGCGGUUUUGGCGGAAAGCUUUUUUCAUCAGAGGGGUGAUGGGUUGGGGAACGUGGAUGAUUGGUGGAGCGCUGGGAAUCUGGGGGGUUGAAGUGUUUUGGUUUACUUCCGUUGAGACUGAUUUUGGAUUAGCCAUGGAGAAAAGCUCUCCUUAGCCUCUAGGUCAUAAGCGCAACUUAGGAUAUAAUUAAUGAUUGAUGCUGUUAAGAAGCAAAUUCUAUAUGAA